UGUGUGAAAUUACCAAUUUACCCCUCUACGCCUCAUCUUAGCCUUAUUACUUUCCCCCGCUACAUUUUCACACCAAAAAGCUCCGUCUUUUUACCUCAGCUUUCUGUUCAAAACCCUAUACCAUUCUCUCUAUUUCAGUUUUCUCUGUAAUUGUCGCUGGGUCAUAGUUUGAUUGAACCAAACAUGAGCAGAUUCAGGAGAUUUGAUAUCAUGGAGCACAAACCAUCGAUUUUCCUUCAUGAAACCUCCAUUUUCGCACCCAAAACCCUUACCCUGAAAUCCCUUGUCCCUUCAUUUGCAGUCGACGAAGAGCUCGACUUUGCUCUUGAUCUCUUCAAUCCUAACCCUGUUCCGACGUCCCUAUUCAGUCUCAAAUCACCAUUUGACGACUUCGACAUCCAGAUCGAGAGAACACCAUUCUAUACCUCAACUCGGAGAGUUCGACACCGAAUCGAGCGACUUGGUGCUGAUGAGUUAUACUUGCAGAGUCUGUGUGACCGAGUCUCUGCGCUCGAGCUAAGUUUUGAUCGGCUGGUGAACCCCAAGACUAAGGCUAGAGUUGAAGAUCGGAAGUAUUCGUGGACGGCAGAGAUCAAGGACGGUGUGGAUCGGAAGUAUAAAUGGACGGCGGAGGUCAAAGGAGGGAAGAAGAAGGAAAAGGGUGGUGCUGAGAAGACAUAUAAAUGGACGGCUGAGAUUAAAGGCGAAGGUGAGGACUCUCCGAUCUCUCGGACGUACACUUUCAGGUCGUCUACUGGCGGCGCCGAUGACAGUGCCGGAUCGAAGAAGAAGGAGAAGGAAGACAAGAAGAAAAAGUGCGAGAAAGGAGCUCGUGUGGUCGAGAUUGAAGAGCCCUCUGAUCAUGGGGCUGUCGUUCUCAGACAGGCUUUUGCGAAGAGAACAGUGGCCGUGGAGAAGAGGAAGGGGAAGAGGAAGGAGUUAUCGCCGCAAGACGCUGCAAUAAUGAUACAGAUAAUCUUCAGGGCUUAUCUGAUCCGAAGGUCGCAAGCUCUUCGUGCGCUUCGGGAGCUGGCAAUAGCCAAGACUAAGUUGAAGGAGAUAAGGGCUUUGUUCAACAACUUCUCUUACCGUCGUCGUUUGAGUUGUGAUGCCGCGGAGAAACAGAGGUUCUCUGAGAAGAUAAUUGUACUGCUCCUUACUGUUGAUGCUAUUGAGGGUGCUGAUUUGAUGGUGCGAUCUGCAAAAAGGUCUAUGGUGGACGAGCUGGAAGCAAUGCUUGAUGUUGUAGACCCCCAGCCUCCUGGCAAAUCUCUUUCCAUGAGGAGGAGGACUUUUGACAUGCCUGAUGGUCACAUGCAGAAGGAACUUGCAGCUGGUGUGGCACAGGUGGUCCAAAUGCUUGAUCAAGAUUCAAACGGUAUUGAAACCUUUGAGGCAUGCCUGUAAGUCCUUGGCAAUGUGUGGAAUCACCACAUUUUGGGUUUUCCCAGGUGUUGUAUUUUCCUUUAAGUAGGUUUAAGAAGAUGCAUCUCUAGUUGUGAGCGUUAACCUUUUUCAUUCAGGGCAAUGCAGAUGCUCUGAGGAGAUUUCUAUGUUAUCUACUUUUAUCUGAUGGGAUUUUUGCUACUGUUUUAACAUUCCCUUCUGAGAGGGGUGUUUUUCUAUGUGCUUAGAUUUCUGCCUGUGAUGUUGCGAACAAUAGUGUUUAUUCAUUUAGAACUUCCAUGCCUUCAUCUUAAAAAUUAGAUUCUUAUAUAGUGGAGAUUGCACUAUGUAAUCUUCUCAUUCUGUUUUGUGUACAUUGUAAAUUCCUCUUUCUAAGGCAUUACCGGUAUGUGAUGC